AUGCACGGCUAUCCACAGAAUCUAGUCUCGGACAAUGCAACAAUCUUCAAAAAUCCGGAAUUCGAAAACUACUGUAAGGUUCGAGGUAUUUUCCAGAUGUUCACGGCUCCAGGUCAUCCAGCAACCAACGGUUUAGCCGAAAGAUAUGUUCAAACCCUAAAAUCAAAACUAAUCCGGAUGGAAGACGAACCAGGCUCAAUUACCGAGAAAAUUCAAAAAAUUCUUCUUAGGGUUCCGGCUACACCCUUAGCCGAUGGGAAGAGUCCAGCAGAAUUAUACCUUAAUCGACAAAUACAUAUACGAAUGGAUGCAUUCCGACCUUACAAACCCGCUCCGAAUCCAGUUUCUCCAGUACGCCAUCUUAAAGUGGGUCAACGGGUCAUAGUCAGAACUUACCUUCCUAAUAAAUCAGAAUGGAGAUUGGGUACCAUCCUCCAGAAAUUUGGGAAAUUACACUAUCAAGUAAAACUUGACAACGGUCAUGUUUUGAAACGUCAUAUUGACCAGCUCCGGACGACAAGCUUGUCUACGCCAAUCCCAAAGGUUCAGACACCAGAGAAGUCUACACAGAAUCGAAAACAGGUUACGUUUCAAAAAGAACCGGAUUUAUCCAAUUAUGAUUUUAUUUAUCUGCCGGAUCCUCAAGUAAGGCGUCAACAGCAACAACAUACAAGGCACCAACCAAAUCCGGAACCUCCAGUUAGGCCAGCUAGACAGCGUCGAGAGCCUCAGCGAUUUAAAGAUUACAUUCAGUAUUAA